UCCAGAUCCAUCUAUCUGGACAGGAAUUCACCUCCCCUCAGACACUAACGCACGCCAGCUGCAGUUUGUCAUGCUUCAAUUGCUACUUUACCCUUUUCAACACGGCCAAAUGCUAGCCACCAGGAACACAAUCCGCCACGGAAAAAUCAAGAGCAGGAAAAUAGCUUGACUCCAGUGAUGCACGACAACAUUACAGCCCGACCAAGUAGCCUAAAUGGUUGGACGAUAUUUAUCGCCUCUCCGAACAUGCCACAGACUCGCCUAGUAGCAAGUGGGUUCCACCUACCUGGUCAUUGUGUCUCUCCACCUCAUCUACAGGGUUUCUUCCUUGACCCCGUCAUCCUGUCCAGCUUCCCCGCUUCAGCGAGUUCGGCCUUAUAAGUAAAGAUCGUCGACUCCCGUCAUGGCUGGCUCUACGGCCUCAGCAAAUCCAAAUUACCGUCCUUCACGGUCAUCUUAGGGGCUAUUGAGAUACAGCUCAUCUUGUCGCUAUGUUGGUGUCCUCAUUGACGGUGUUGGCGUUUAUGUCCAGGGCCAAUGCCUUGGUUCGGCACGAUGAUGUGGGACGACUUCCUGCUCUGGGCUGGAAUUCAUGGAACGCGUUCAAUUGCGAAAUCGACGCAGAUAAGAUCCUGACUGCAGCCAACGAGGUCAUAGAUCUGGGGUUGAAGAACCUCGGAUACGAGUACAUCAACAUCGAUGACUGCUGGUCCGUCAAGUCCGGACGUGACAAGACCACCAAGCGCCUCAUCCCAGACCCGGACAAGUUCCCCGACGGCAUCUCCGGCUUGGUUGACAAGAUCCAUGCUUUGGGUCUGAAAGUCGGCAUUUACAGCAGUGCUGGUCUCACCACCUGCGCAGGCUACCCAGCCAGUCUUGGGUAUGAGAGAAUCGAUGCGCAAACCUUUGCCGAAUGGGGCAUUGAUUACCUCAAGUACGACAACUGUGGCGUCCCCACGAACCAAACCGACAAGUACACAGCUUGCGUCCCCGACAGCACCAACCCAGGAGACUUCCCCAAUGGCACUUGCCCUGGUCUGGCAGACGCUGCCCCAGCCAAGUACGACUGGUCGACCUCGACCACGGCGAAGCGCUACCAGGCCAUGCGCGAUGCCCUUCUCAGCGUGAACCGCACCAUCCUCUACUCUCUCUGCGACUGGGGCCAAGCCGACGUCAACAGUUGGGGUAACGCAACUGGCAACUCCUGGCGCAUGUCCGGCGACAUCACACCAAACUGGACCCGCAUCGCCGAGAUCGCCAACGAAAACUCCUUCCUCAUGAACUACGCCAAUUUCUGGGGAUACCCCGACCCAGACAUGCUCGAGGUUGGGAACGGCAACCUCACCCUGGCCGAGAACCGCGCACACUUUGCCUUGUGGGCUGCGAUGAAGAGUCCCUUGAUCAUUGGCACUCCGCUGGACUCAAUCGACGCCGCCCACCUCGCCAUCCUAAGCAACAAGGACCUACUCGCCUUCCACCAGGACCCCGUCGUCGGCCGCCCCGCCUACCCCUACAAAUGGGGCUACAAUGCCGACUGGACUUUCGACCCCCUCCACCCGGCAGAGUACUGGUCGGGGCCCUCGUCCACCCUCGACGGCACCCUCGUGCUCAUGCUGAACUCGGAGGACCGCGCCCAGACCCGCACCGCGUACUGGAAGGAAAUCCCCGAGCUGCAGGGUCGGCACCGCGGCCGCCGCGGCACCGGGUUCCGUGUCCGGAAUGCCUGGACGGGCAAUGAUCUGGGGUGUGUGCGCGAUAAGCACAGCGUGAAGCUGGCGAGUCAUGAUGCGGCGGUAUUGGUUGUUGGCGAUGUUUGUUGAUUCUGGAGGGCAUAGCUGGGAUCUCUCGGAGAAAAGGGACUUGAGACAUGAAGGGCAAAGGGUAAGUUGUUCGUUUCUUGCAGAUUGUAGGCCGUUUGAAGGACAAGAAUGGAAGAGCUGUUUAGUGGAAAGGAAAAGGGGAAGGCCGUGGCAGAUGCACCAAAUCGUCGUUUUUAUUUUACUGAAUGCCGAAGCAUUGAACACAUCCUAUGUAUUCUGGAUUCAUAUCCGUCCAUCCGAUCAUGGAG